GCGAGUGUGGAUGUGUCGUACAUCUUGUUUUUAUUGCGUCACAUGCCUUUCAAGAAGAGCCGAGUGCAGCCUGUAGUGAAUUUAAAACAGCGACAGACGCUCGCUCCCAUCUUCUGUCACAAUUUAAAACUGCAUCACUUUGGGCCUCUUCUGUUAAACUAAUACAGCUGUCAGUACUGGGAGAAAAUAUCACUUGUAGGCUGUUUGGACCUUUUUUUUUAGGCGGGCGGACGACCAUGAUGAGACCAAGGGGAAGCAAAACUGAAAACAUGAACAUAGGACAAGAACUACCAAAGUAAAACAGGAAACAUGAGACAGUUCACAAAGACGCAGACUAACACGAAGCACAAAAACAAAUGUAACUAGACGUGGAACAUAGUUUUUGUCUGUAUGUCAUCAAAUGAAAAAUACAACAACUGAACAACCAGCUGUUAAGUAGCUAGAUUCAUUCCACUCCAAAAAUCCAGUAGCUGGUCUCCUCAGCUCCCAGACGUUUACAGACUGUUGUCAAAAGAAGAGAGUGGUAAACAUGUUUUGUAUGGGUUAAUAUUUCCUGUGCUCUUUAAAGAUAUUUAACCACCAUUUGAUGUGGUGGUUGUAGGUUGUAGGUGUCAUAAGGAUUUGCCUUUUAGAUAGAUAGAUGCUAUAAACGCCACCACUGUCACGUGAGCAUUCAGGUGAAGCCCUGGGUUACCUUAGCGAGUUGAUAACGAGCUUCAUGUGACCAUUUAUCCUGAUCGCGAUUGUUAAGUGCAGUCUGAUCUCAUUAGCAACUAAUGAAUUAUCUUUGGGACUUUCCAGAUUAAACCACGACAGGUUCUAUCAUUACUCAGCGGUAAAUCACAACCCCUCUACACUUCAGGCAGCAACCAUGGGCAACAAACCUUCAGUAAAUCAGGAGCUAAACACAGAAAAGACGACUAUCUUUCAAUCCCAGGAAGGAGUAGUAUACAGGAUUCCUGCACUUUUCUAUCACGCAGAGGAAAAAGUCUUUCUGGCCUUUGCAGAAAAGCGAAGGGCGAAAGAUGAUCACACCUCAGAGGCACUGGCCAUGAAAACGGGAACAGUAAACAACGAUCAAACCACUAAUGAACUGAUAGUCACGUGGUCCGAUCUGAAACUGGUGAAGGAGGCACAUCUGGAAGGACAUCGUCCGAUGAACCCCUGCCCGGUGUAUGACAAGACCAAUAAAAAACUUUUCCUGUUCUUCGUUUGCGUUAAAGGUAUAGUGUCAGAGUGUUGGCAGAGGUUCUGGGGCUGCAAUAACACCCGUCUCUGCUAUAUUACAUCCACUGAUGCUGGUAAAACGUGGAGCCAAGUGACUGACUUGACUGAUGCACUGGCCGAAGUUAAACAAUGGGCCACAUUUGCUGUUGGGCCAGGCCAUGGUAUUCAAGGACAGAGUGAUAGAUUGAUUGUUCCAGUUUAUGGUUAUGUUUCUUGCUCCAACUCAUUUUGUUGUAUAAUGUGUUAUUGUGCUGUCUCACGUGCACUCUGCCUUUACAGUGAUGACAAGGGUGUUACUUGGCAAUUUGGCAACCUGCUUGAAAAAGAAUCAGGUGAAUGUGAAAUGGCAGAGAUUUGCGAUGACAAAGGCAACAGGUCCAUCUACUGCAAUGCCCGAAGUUCUGAAGGCCAUCGUGUUGAAGCUGUCAGUGCUGAUAAUGGUGAGGAUUUUGGUAUUCUGCCAAAUGGCACACUAGUGGAAACAGGCAGUGGAUGUCAGGGAAGUGUGGUGUCCUUUCCAAUUCAAAACGAAGGUAUAAAAAGAAAGGCGGAGCAAAGUCAGGACCCCAGAUGGCUACUUUUUUCACACCCAAAUGAUAAGGGCGAAAGAAAGGAUCUAGGAGUGUAUCUGAACAAAUCUCCACAUGAGCCAAAAAACUGGAGCUCACCCUGGAUCAUCAACAAAGGUCCCAGUGGUUACUCAGACCUGGUUUACAUUGGGGAUGGGAUGUUUGCAUGUUUAAUGGAGCGUGGGGAUAACAGUGAAAUUGAACAGAUAGCUUUCUCAAUUUUUAGCUACAAUGAAGUCAAGAAGGGUACUGAAGAGUAAAUACAUUUACUCAAUAUGCUGUCUUUGUCAGGGGCUGAGCUGUAUGGCGGCCAUUAUGGUUUCACACACACAAACAGAUGUGACUGUGGCGCUGUUGUACAUGUUGGGGCUUCUUUUUUUAAUUGUGUCUCCAAAUUGUCUCUCGCGUAUGGCAGGUAAUUUUUGUUUAAUCCAGGAAAUACUAUAACUCUGAAAUUGUAUAUCAUUAUACUGAGUCUUUGUGUUAGUAUUUUAUGUCCAGUAUCCAUUCAUGAGAUAAGUCACAGCUAUUUCACUUUAUAAGGGUGCUGUGUUAUUUUGAUGAUUUGAUUUUAAUUGAUUUUAAUGGUAAUAACAUAGAAACUCGUGACUGAUAUAAAUACUUAGGACUCUGGCUGGAUGCUAGACUCACUUUUAAAAACCACAUGGAACACCUUUCAAGAAAAUUAAAGAUGAAGAUUUUUAUAUAGAAACUAAUUUUUGUUUGUCAUUCACAAGUUGUAAGAUCAUAUUACAGACCAGAUUUUGUCUGCAUUUGGUUAUUGUAGUACCGUUUAUGUGAAUGCUGAAGCCUCUUCAUUUUGUGUAUCUUGAUUAAUCACAGGUGAUUGUUUUCUUACUUACAUGUAUCUUAUAUGAAAAAGUGGGAUGGUGCUCCCUAGCAAAACGAAGACAGCAGCAUUGUAUUAUGUUUAUUUACAAGGGUCUGACUGUAGGCCUAAUUUUGACUUCAGUUUAUUUUAGUUAUAAUAAACAUGACAAUUUUAUGAAAUGAUACUGUACUCAUGAAAUUCUAUACAUAUUAAAUAUAUUUUACCCUAAACAGAAACAGGAUUGGUCAGAAUAAAAGUCAUUGAUAUACAUGCUUAUCAUAGAGAACAUGAGCACUGUCCCUCAUAUGUAAGCCUGGUAACAAGGAAAUCACAUUUCUGUUGUACCGCUGUUAGAUAUAUAUACAAGCCAUGGGCAGGAUUUUUAGUGACCAGGAAAUCAAAGACAGCAGCAUUGUAUGAUGUUUAGUUAAAAGAGUAAACAUUUCAGUGUCAGGUCGCAUGACAUUUUAACAUUAGCCGUGCCUCUUGUUCACACUGGACCUGGAAAAAACUCCCUAUAAGCAUUUAAAAAGUUGUAUUUGUCUGUCUGCAACUACGUUUUUCUUUAUUGUGAUCAUAUAUAAUAUGUCUGUUGAAUUGUCUUUGCCAGUUUCUCUAUGUGCUUUUUGUACACAGAUGUCUCUUGAAAAAAUUUCUUGAUCUCAGCGAGACCAUCUAUCUGAAUAAAAGAUACUAAAUAUAAAUAAAUUAAAUAAAUAAAA